GGCCCUCGGUCCUCUCUGAAUAAUUCUAUUUUUUUUUUUAAAACAACAUGUACCGAUUCAAAAAAGUAGAAGGUGCUUAAAUCGAGCUGUCGUAAAGUGUCGCAAAGCAGGUGACAGCAGCUGGCGGCGCUCUGGCGCCCCGGUGAGGCGGCGCGGGCAACGACUCCCGGAUCCGGGGGCCAACGAACAGACGACCCGCUGGGUAAACAAGAGGUGGAUGCAUCGAGAGGCAGGAAUGGCAACUUCGUCGAGGGCCAACAGCGAGACAUUUACACCUCGUCAAAUAGGAACGCAAUCGAGAGAUCGACCCACUUUUCACGAUUCCACGGGAUUCCGCCGCGAGUGAAAAUGGCUGAGUCGAAUCGGGCGUUCGCUGGGUGAAGUGGAACUAGCCUCCGCGUUAGCUUAGCUCGUAGCCGUCCAGGGCCCGUUGCCUUCGAUUUUGCUUCUCGGCUCUGCUCGGGACUGUGUUGUCAGUUUCACAAUCUCAGCCACCGACGUCCUCGGAUCUCGUUUUCCUCGUAGGCCCGCCGGGUUGCCGCUGGGAUUAACGUCCCGACCAAUGCUCCGUUUCAACGGUGAUCGUCGUUUCCCACAGGAUUUAACCUCAAAUGUUACAAAGGGGGGACGGUGACACAUUUUGAAAAAGGACUUAGACCCAGUUGUUGUGAGAUGCAGUGGAUGGACGCUUAGGAACCGAUGCGAGUGCCCUCGCCGUUUGCCCUUUGAGGACGGACCUGCCACCAUGAAGAGUGAGGUGCAGCCAGAGGCCCCCAGCAGACAGGAGCACCUGAAGGACCCACUGGUGAACCCAGAGCCCAUGGAGGCAACCAAGAGCUUCCCUGACAACAUGGAGGUGAUCGGAAAGGCAGGCGGCGACUUUGAGAGCCUGUGCGAGUCCAGGCAUCGGCCCCUGAGGGACACGGAGGCACACAGGGACUCGGAACGGACCCUACCGGGACGCAGGAAAAGAAAAGGCCAACAGGCAGGGCCGUCCGACUGCUCGCUGAAGGAGGGCCACAUCAGUGAGAGUUCACUGGCCCCCCAGCGUGCCAGGGUAGAACUUUUACAGCACCCCAGUGAGGAUGAACACAACCACGAGUCCUCCUUUAGUGACUGUGCUUCCUCCCCUUCCUCUAGCCUGCGAUUCGGGGACUCGGACACUCUCAGCUCCGAGGAGGACGCGGAGGCCGGAGCGACGGGGGGCCAACACAAGGCUCCCGCCCUGAAAACAGGAGGAGCCGCCGGAGUUGGCCUGCACCCUGUUCUGGGUCGAACUCGGGGGAAUCGCUCCCACAAGUGGGUGCGGUCUGAAGCGGAGCCGGUGCUGCUGAAGCGGCCGUGUCUGAGCAGCCGGCGGAGCCUGCAUAGGAAGCGCUUUGUGAAAACAACCCCCGGUGGGGGUCAGCGGACUCAGAAGCAAAAGGAGCGACUGCUGCUGCAGAGGAAGAAACGUGAAGUGAUCGCACGUAGGAAGUACGCUCUUCUCCAUAGCACCAGUAGCUCUAGCGAGGAGUUGAGCAGUGACUCUUCCACCCCCUCUUCUACUGAAGCAGAAGAUGAGCUGUACGUCGAUGUCAGCAGCACCAGCAGCCAGCCCAAUAGUGCGGCUGUAGCCACAGGGGCCCUGGAUGAGGGAUGUGGUGGUGAUUGAGGCAACUCCCAGCCUCCAGUGCCUGUUGUACCUGCAAGCGAGGAGAUCAACGUCUCCUCAACAGACAGCGAGGUGGAGAUCGUCACAGUCGGAGACGGUUUCAGGUCUCGCUCAGCCGGGGGUCUCGGCAGGAUUUGGGCUAAUAGCUGCUCCCAGAAUCGUCUCCAGGAGCCACGUGGACGCAACCGACUCUCCACCGUCAUCCAGCCACUGCGGCAGAAUGCCGGGGAGGUGGUGGAUCUCACUGUCGAUGAAGAUGAUCUCUCCGUUGUGCCAACAACCUCUGGCAGCAUUCAACCACAAACAAUCAGGUCAUCCUCUUCAUCAUCUUCUCAUCAUGCCUCUACCUCAGAGUUCCAUGAUGCCCCAGGACCUUCCACUAGCUGCCCAGGCUCAAUACCUGAAAGUAUGCACACACAGAGGGCCAGCGUCUCUGCCCGCACUGCUGCAGAGGAUGACGGCAGACCGGGUCUGACUGGUGCAGCGGGAGAAAACACUGGCACGGCCAUGCCCAGACUGCCGUCCUGCUGCCAGCAGCACUCCCCGUGUGGAGGGCCCUCCCCGGGUCACCUGUCCCUGAGCCACUCCCAUUCAAGCUGCCUGCAGGUGUCGUCCUCCCAGCAUACCAGUGGCUCGCAGCACAGCCACAGCCACAGCAACGCGCACCACUUCAUCCACCACGUCCAUCACCCGGCCCCACAGCCCCCGGGAACCCUGCCUUUCAAAGAGCCGAGCUGCCCCGUGGAGCGACCCACGGCUCUGCCUGCAUCCUGUGCUGGAGUGAGCAGCAGCAGCAACAACAGCAGCAGCAGCAACACAGCCCACUACCAUGACCAGCAAACACUGCCAGUGGACCUGAGUAACAGCGGUGUUCGGGGCGCUGGAAACAAUGGGGCUAGUUUCCAUGGCAGCACCUCGGCCUUUGACCCUUGCUGCCCAGGCUCCACCUCCCGGCCUCCUGCUUUCGUUUCCCAGGCCACCCCUGGGCCCAGUCAGCCAGCUGUGGUGGAAUCUUUCAGCUCCUCCAUGGUGGCUCAGCCUCAGCCCCAAACACAACCGCAGCCCUGCAGGCAUUACAUGCACCCUUCCUAUGGCUCUCUGGCACGCUCGCUGCAUCAUCAGCCCUCCUCCGCCUGUCCUCAUUCCCAUGGAAACCCCCAACUUACACCUCAGCCCGCUGCGCAAGGCGAAUACGUUAUUCCCCACACCGUCACCUUCCACCCGCCGCUGCCUUCCCACCCUGCCGUGCCCCCCGCCCCUCCCCCGCCUCUGUCCAACCACCACCUCUCCAGCUCGAGUGCCCCACUGGGCCAGCACCUGCCUACGGACCACCAGACCCUGCCGCACCACAUGCCGGCCCUGGGGGCCUCGGUGCAGAGACUCCAUCAGCACGAGAUCCUGCAGAGGAUGGAGGUCCAGAGGCACCGGAUGAUGCAGCACCCGACACGAGCACACGAGCGGCCGCCCCCACACCCCCACAGAAUGCACCCCAACUACGGACAUGGACACCACAUCCAUGUGCCACAGACCAUGUCUUCCCACCCUCGCCAGCCUGAGCAGCGGACAGCAUGGGAGCUUGGCAUCGAGGCCGGGGUGACUGUGGCUCCGUACCCUUCAGGGCACCUGCACUCCCACUUGCCCCACUACCACCCUCCCCCCAGACUGCACCACUUCCCCAUCCCCUUCAUGCACACUGGCAUAUCUGAAGUGACCUACCCGCACAUUCGGUACAUCUCAUCUAGAAUGACUGGCUUUGGAAGAACCUAUGAGGACCUGCUGCAUUUAGAGGAACGAUUGGGGACCGUGAACCGAGGAGCCUCUCAGGGAACCAUAGAGAGGUGCACUUACCCACACAAGUACAAGAAGAAGGUGUUGGAGAGAGACAUUGACCAAGAGUUAACCCCUGAAGCUUGGGCAUCUAUUGGGAAAAAUAUGCACGCAACCCCAGAAUCGAGAAAGCUGCAUAUUAAGCAAGACGAAGAUGAAGGGGCAGAUGAAGACACGGAGGAGAAAUGCACCAUCUGUCUGUCAAUACUGGAGGAAGGGGAGGACGUCAGACGCCUACCAUGUAUGCACCUCUUCCAUCAGCUGUGUGUGGAUCAGUGGCUCCUCACCAAUAAGAAGUGCCCCAUCUGCAGAGUGGACAUUGAGGCGCAGCUGUCUGCUGAGAGUUGAUGCUGUUUUUCUAACCAACCCUUUUUUGUUGAAGAUUUAUUUUGAGAUCAUAUUCAUUUUCUCUUCAGUACUGCAGUCAACCAAAGAUGGCAUGAAUGACCUGCGCGGCUCUACUACGAGAAAAUGAAAGAAAACACCUGACAAAAAAGCAUUGAGCAUAGAGUGCCAGCUAUUACAUAUUACUACAAGAGCUAGAAUUUUCCAUUAAGGGUUUAAGAUUUUAUUGUAUUUAUAAAGCUUUUAUGUAGCUUUUGAUUGUUUUCUCAAGUGUCAUUUAUUUUUUUCUCUGCAUGUUUCCUUGCAAUGCAUUUCUUUGCACAUGACAAAACGUUGGCUCGUCACGGCCUGACAACUCGCAGGUGAGGAUAGCUGCUCUAGUAAAGAUGCAUUUGUGUAAACCUAAUGCCUUGCUUUACUAGAAUGUUACCCUCCAGUAAAAAAAAACAAAAAAACAUUGCAGGAAUCAUUUUUACCAAUCAUUGUAUUGAUUAGUUUGUUUAGAAGAUGUGGAUUGUUAGUGAAAGAUGUUUUUUAAGUAAAAUCAAGACAUUCCUAACUAGGGAAAUAUGUUAACAGAUCAGCUGCUGUAUUAGUGCACACCCAGUAUUUCUAGAGUGGAAAUAAACUCCGAUGUUCACCUCACUUCCCAGAAUAUGCACAUGCUUUGCUACGAUGACACCUCCCUCCCCAGCGCCUUCAUUUGACAAAACAUCGUUAUCACCAUUAUCUGUAUUUUUGAGAACAAGAAAAAGUGUGUCACAUCCCUUCUUGACUGUUCCUUCUAAACUGAGCGACUUGUGGGAGCGGCUGUGAAUCUUUUCUUCUGAUUAUUUUUGUGGGGGGGGGCUGCCGACUGGCCUGUGACGAUUAACUAUGUUUCUGUAAGAUGAUCUCAGGUCUACAUGUGUGUAAGACAUUUCACAUGAGCCUGCAGCCUUGGGAUCAUUUGGUCAAUUUGAUACCGGCAGUGGCGUUGAAUUUAAAUUUGUGUCUGUGCGCGCGCGUGCGGGGAAAUACUCAGCUCAAUUUGGAAUAAUUCUCUACUGCUUGUUCUCACACUUAAAACCAUUUUAUCCUCCCUCCCUUUUGUCUCUCCGUAGUUGAGCUGCGGCGUCUUUUUUGGCUGCUGCUGCUGAAAGGAAAACACUAAUACUGUUGAUUAACUUACUCGCAUAGACUUGCACAAGAGAGAAAAGGGCAGGAGAAUAGUUGUGAAUAUAACUGAGUCCAUGUGUUUCCACUCUGAUGAAUAUUUAAAAAGACAAAAACAGAUAUUUUGAAUUGAGUGUUGAAAUGCAGUACUUAAAGCAGGUAUCCAUGCCGGAAUACAGCACCAGGAUCAUAUUCGGUGGGAUUUAUAUUAGUUUAAAAGAUAAUAAUAAACUUGGAUAACUCUUAAUUGA